AAGCCCACAAGAUAGAUAGAAAACGAGAUACCCCCCCACCUAUCUCGUUUGCACGUACAAUUCUAAAUUCCUCUACACAAUUACACAACUCUCUUCCUCUCUCAAUCUCUCCGGUUUUCUUUUUGAUUUUCUCUCUCUCUCUCGAUUAACCCAUUGUUGGUUGUUGGAGUGUGAAAAAUAGCUUCGUUGAAUAACUCCAGUACUGUCUCUUUCAGUUGAUUUUCCCCGUUUUCACUUGCCGAGUCAACUCGGCCUUCACUUAGUUCUAUGUUUAUGUAUUUUAGUUGCAUGUGGUGGAUUUUCCAUGGAAACAGAGGUUGGAAUUGUGGAGAAUGAAAGGAAGAUUGUUGAAAGCGGGGCUACUCAGGAUGGCUCCACUCUGUCCCCAAAUCAAAUCGCUGACCCAGUUGUGUACAAACUUGUCAGGGUUAAAGGUACCGUCGUUCUCAUAGAGAUGUCAAUUGAUGAAGGUUGAUGGUGACGGGAGAUUUGUUCCUGCCACAGAUGAUGAGGUAAUGGAGGUUGAGGACUUACUUGAAGACGACAAGAAUGAAAAAGUGGAAGAUGCAGGACAAAUUGUAGGAUGCAUACCCAAAGAAGGCACUUUAUUUGGGAAGCCUCAUGUAGAAGUCUUGAAUGAUACGCCAGGUUUACUGCAGUCUGAUACCUUUGAAGCUGCUGCAGAUUAUAAUGCCCGGUUGGAGUACAUUGAGGAGGUUUUGCAAAAGGUGAAACAGGAAGAGAGGCUUCGCUUAACAUGUGGAUCAUCGAACUACGCUUCUGCUUACGUGAAUGGAGACAGGAAGGGUUCUGAUGAGCAUGGUAGAUUGCCUGUUAUUGAUGAAAAGCUCCAAUCCAAUAUUUCUCUGCAGGAAAUAACUCACUCAAUUUCUCCAAGUUUAAAGGAGAAUCAUGUGAAUGAAAAUGGGAGUCUAGGCGAUUGUUUAAAGCAUCCAGAUAAAUCAGUCGAGUCUGAAUCAUCAGAUGCCCUCUGCACUACGUCUAACCCUGAUUUUUCCUUGUUGAAGGGCGAUGUAUGCCUGGAUAAUCUUUCAAUUAGAGAACUCCGUGAAUGUUUCAAAGCGACUUUUGGGAGAGACACUACUGUUAAAGACAAGUCGUGGCUUAGGAGGAGAAUUGUCAUGGGAUUGACCAACUCAUGCGACAUUCCAGUCUCAUCUUUUAUAAUUAAGGAAGGCAAGUUUGUUGAAGAAAUUUCUCCAAACGUGGAGGGCCUGUCCACUGCUCCAACUGCCGAAACUUUGAAUAUUGAAUGCAGAGUUUCGCCAUCCACUUAUAGUUUGGAAAACAAGGACCUUCAUCACUCUGAGGAUAUGGAACUUGAUCAUGGAAGUGAAGGUCAACAUGAUGAGAGAGCUGCUGUUAAAAGAGUUCGGAAGCCUACCAGGCGGUAUAUUGAAGAACUUUCUGAAGUGGAAUCAAGAGAGUAUGUGCAAAAGGUGGUUAGUAUGAAUAAAAAUACUAUAUCAGACAGCGUAUCUGCGAAUUCCAUUGCAAGACCUAUUAAGAAGGUUUAUUCAGAUGGAGGAAGAACUGUAAUCACAAGAUUAGAUUCUCUUGGUGGAUCUGGCUUUCAAGUCCCCUGUGUUUCGAGGGUUAGAAGGAGCCGUCCGAGGAAAGACGUUGUAGGCCUUGUGUUUGCACUUCCAGAGAAAGAUCAGAGUCCUUCAGUUACGGUCACAGAUGAAGCAGAGAAGAAUUUGGAGCAGAAGCAAACCACUUCUGACAAUGUAUCAGAUGAUAACACGGCGGUUGUUUCAACGACAAAAGGUGGAAUGAGGAGGAAGCAUCAUCGUGCUUGGACUCUUGUUGAAGUCAUCAAAUUAGUAGAAGGUGUGUCGAAAUGCGGAGCUGGGAAGUGGUCUGAGAUUAAGAAACUAUCUUUUUCAUCAUACUCAUACCGUACGUCAGUUGAUCUCAAGGAUAAAUGGAGAAACCUGCUGAAAGCUAGCUUGGUGCAGACACCUGUUGAUGAAGGGAUAAGUUCUCGGAAACAUGCAUCGAUAUCGAUUCCUGCACAGGUCUUGUUACGGGUGAGGGAGCUUGCUGAGAUGCACGCCCAAAUUCCUCCCUCGAGUCAUGGGCAAGGCAAGCUGGGUGGUGGAGGAGUUAGUGGGAGUAUGCAUGAGAUGAGUUCUUCCACGCUAUGCUCGUGACGGUUGUAAAUAAAUACACAAAACUCUUUUAUCUUAUUUUUGUUUCCCUCGAGAAAGAAAUGGAAAGUACAAAAAAAAAAAAAAAAAAAAAGAAGAAGAAGAAAGAGAGAAAAACGGACCCAAAUGAUGUGGCAACAAAAUGUUUGUUACUGGUGGUGGCAAGAAUUAUAGGAAUUUUCUUAAUCUUUGCAUGCACGUGUCAUAAGAGACCCUUCUUAACCAUUGGUUCUUGGGGGUUUUUUUUAUGACUUUGUUUGCCUAAAUCUUUUACUGGGUCUUAUUUUAAUGUUUUUUUUUUCAAUUUGGAGUCACAAAGGUGUAAAGAAAAAAAGAAGCUUAGAAAGAGCCAUUUUAUAAAUAAUUUGGAGUUAAAAGCUUUCUCUA